AUGUAUGGGAAGUUGAAAUCAACAAUCUGUUCCAUCCUGGCAAAGAAAGUAGAAAUCAAGGAAAAUGGAUAUGGCUUGAUUCUACCCAAUAAAAAUAAAGGUCCUCCAACCCUUGGCACAAGGAAGCUCAAUCCUCUGCUGGACUCUGACGACGAACUUGAGCAAGAUGAGGAGACACCUCUUAACUGGGUUGAAGCUUCCCUUAAGAAAUCAGCAGGCAAUUCUGGACAGCAGAGCUUACAGAAGCGCUUACUACGAGAAGCUCUGGAAGAAGAUUCUUCAGUAUUCCAAUACGAUGAAGUGUAUGAUGAAAUGCAAGCUACAAAAACAGCUGAAGUAGCUGCAAGGAAACAGACAGCUGAGAAAAAGCCAAAAUAUAUUCACAACAUAAUAAAGCACGCAGAGAAGCGCAAACUGGAAGAUGAACGUCGCACUGAACGCAAAGUCCAAAAAGAACGGGAGGCAGAGGGAGAAGAAUUUGCUGACAAGGAGUCAUUUGUCACAGCUUCAUAUGUCAAGAAGAUGGAAGAACUGAAGAAAGCUGAAGCAGAGGCCAAGUUAGAAGAGAUGCAAGAAGAAAAAAUUGAUGUAUUGAAGCACAAAAAUUUUGGUGCUUUUUAUAAUCACCUUUUCAAACAAAAGAUGGGUGAUAUUGAAGUUAAAAAGGAACCAGAGAGCGAGGAAGAAGAAAAUAACGAAGUUGAAAUUAUAAAGAGAAGAGACGACAUAAAGCGGCAGAAGCACUACCGCACUCAACGAGACUUGAGUGAAUCACCAGAAAGACAAGCAAGACGAAGACCAAAGACAACUAAGCAAGAAAAAGUGAGUUCGGCAUCUGAGGAUGAAGAAAAAGUUGAAUCUUAUAGAGACAGAAGAAACAAAUACAAAACUAUGGGAGAGAGAAAAGAAGAGUUGAGAGGAAAAGGGAGAGAGAGAGAAAGAGAUAGAGGAAGAGACAAGUAUCGCUCUCCAGAUAAGAAGAAAGAUAGUGAUCGAUCACGGGAAAGAGAAAGAAGGGACAAAUCAAAAGAUAGAAAACAUGGUAGAGAUAGAUCCAGAGAACGUGACAAAAACCACAGAGGAAGGGAGAGGUCACGAUCAAGAGAUAGAAAACAUAAACGUAGUAAGUCCAGGAGUCCUCAUUCCAGGCGAAGAGGCAGUCGCUCUCAUUCACAGAAUAGAUCCACGAGUCGAGAAAGACGAAAUAUCAAAGAAGAACCAAAAUCUCCCAAACGAAGAGAAAGAUCCUCUACCAAGGAGAGCAUAAGUGAUAAAGACAAAAAAGACAAAACAAAUGGUGAUAAGGUUUCAAGUGAAAAUAUUGUAAAUGUCAAGAAAGAGAGUGAGCUUGAAGAAAAGGAGAAGAGGCUUGAGAGAAUACGUAAAUUGUUCACCAAGAGAACUGUUGGAGAAAAAUUUGAACAUGCUCUCUUACGGUUUUAUCAAAGAAAGUCCGAGAGAGAAUCACAUGGAUAGUUUUAUAAUAGGAAUGCCUAGGAUAAGUGAAUGAUGUGAGCAGUACAUUGAGUAAUUUUGCCAGAAUUUCAAUAAAAUUGUAACUCAGGGAGUACAUGUGACAGUUGAGAUCAGCCAGAGGGAUGAAAUUUGUGUGUGCAUUUUUUGAAGAACUUUGUAAUGUUUGUGAUACACGAUCAUACUUGGUGGUAAAGGUGUUGUAAUUAAAUCGGAGAAAUUUGUAAAGUUUUCAUGGCGAGCGAUUUUGUUUUUCUGCAUAUUUUCCCUUCAGGGGGGGGUGCCUUGCUGCUGGUGAAGGGCUCUUGAUUUGAGGAAUUAGAGAUACCCCUCUUCCUCGAAUCAAACCUAAUUACCUCCCAUUCUCCAGGCAUUUUGUAACCCUUACAGGUUUAGUGUUUUCCCCUCAUACCAUUUAAUAAUCUGAAUAUUUUCUUAUUCCAUUCUUAGUUAAACUGUAAUGAUUCAUUAAGCACUGUUCAAUAUUUGUAUUUUUAAGUUGUCACUUCACAUUUUCAUUGUAAUUCUUGGCUUUUUCAGUUGCGAAACACAAGCAUGUUGAAACUUUGCAUUUCAGAAUAAAGAAACAAAUGUCA